GGUGCAACCCCUGUCACCGUUAGAAGCGUUUUCGAGCGUCCACAGUACGACAAGGUGAUGGACCCGUGUGAUUGUGCCAAGAAAUGGUUGGAGGCCCAGGGCGGCAACCUGCGUGGUUUCGUGGAUGGAAAACUGCUGUUAGCUGACAAAGGUGACGCCCAUAUUGUUGCCGUCAAAAGCCCUGCUACCAAUGCCGUGCUAGCCCGUGUGGCGGGUAUGGAUGAGGCACUCUACCGCCGGGCCCUGGAGUCGUCCACGGCUGCACAGGUCGCCUGGGCGAAGAUGGAUCCGUACACACGCUGCACCCACCUCUACAACCUGGCCCGUAGUAUGCAGAAGCAUCUGACGAGAUUUGGCGAGAUGCAGAGCCUACAGUCGGGCAAGGUCAUACCCGUCUGCAUGGAGGAGGCAUCGCAGAUGGUGCGAUACCUGUACCACUAUGCGGGCGUUGCCAUGACACUCAAUGAGCGCUUCCCGGAAUCUACGCCGAGGGGUGUUGUCGUGGUGCUGUUGGAAGACGUCCGUGCGACCUGCCCCGUGUCAGCGUGGCGCGUUGGCGAGAUACUGGCUGCUGGCAACUCGCUGCUCAUAAUCGCCAAAAGUGAAUGCAGUCUUGCGCCAAUGCACUACGCCGAAAUGUGUGCCGCCGGGGGACUUCCUCCGGGACUGGUCAAUGUGCUGGUCGGACCAUUCGAGGGAAUCCUCGGGAUGGACGACGUCGGACACGUGCACGUGGUGGCUUCGCACAGUCGCUGCAGGGAGCUUCGCCAGUCCUUAGCACUGAAGUCUACCACGUCCUUGUCCAGCUACUGGGGCUGUGGCCGGUCCAUAGCCGUGGUGCUAGAGGGCGCCGACUUGCACUCUGCAGCGGCGGGCAUCGGCCAGUCCUUUGCCAACAGCAGUGGAAGGGGGGAGGCGUGCGGAGUGCGAGUGUUUGUUCAGGAGUGCGUGUAUGCAAAGUUCAUGCCUCUGUUGAGGAAGGAGCUGCGUCGACUUCGUGUGGGUGCGGCUAACGACCGAGCCAGCGACAUGAGCGUCGUCUUCGCCCAAGGUGAACCUGCGCCUCUGCCGCCGAAAGUCGCCUACGCGGAGCGGCCCGACGCUGAGCUUCUUUCGGCAGGUCCUUACGAUGACAAGCACCCUUACCCGCCAAGGCCAGCGCUGUUUGCGGAUGUGACACCGUCAUCUCCUGUUGUGCUCGACUUGGUUGGUUGGCCUCUGGUGUUAGUGACCCAGUUUCGCACAGCUAAGGAGUCGGUGACCCUGGUAAACAGCGCGCUGCAUCACUCUGAAGUGAGCGUGUGGACGGAGAGGCUACCCGCUGCCCUGGAGCUUGCCGCCGCAUACAAGACAACAACCGUCUUUGUCAAUGGGCAGGGGCUCCGCGAUGCCUCCGUGGAGUUUGGGUCGCGAUCCGGUGUUGCCUGUGGAGAGCGGGGCCUGCUGACGUUCGUCAAAUCGCCCGGGAGCUCGGCUGAACUGUCGUCUCGUGCAAGCACCGAAUUCAACCUUGAGAAAUACGGAGUGGAAGAGAAGGACGUCUCUUGCAAGAUAGGUGAAUCGCAUGGGGACGAGUUUUCGACACUCACGACGUACAAGCUGUUCGUCGGCGGUCAGCAGGUGCGGCCAGCCUCCAAUGCCUCCAACGCUGCGACCAGUCACGACGGUCGAACCGUGGGCUACUUUCCCGAGGCGGGUCGCAAAGACGUCAGAAAUGCGGUGGAAGCAGCACUUGUGGGCUUCAAGACCUGGUCGUCCCGGUCGGCACAUAAUCGAGCCCAGGUGCUUUACUACCUGGCGGAGAACCUGAAAAUGCGGGCGAUCGAAAUGGCGGGUGUCUUGCGCGAGAUGAACGGCCAGACGGAAGCGGACUGCAGGGCAGAAGUCGAUGCAUGCAUUCGCCGGCUGUUCUACUGGGCAUCCAUGUGUGACAAGGAUGCUGGCUCAGUCCGAAGCACGACCAUCAAGGGCACCGUCAUCCGCAUCAACGAGCCCAUGGGUGUGAUCAGCAUAGCCUGCUCGGAGAAGGCCUGCCUGCUGAGCAACUUUGUGUCGGCCCUAGCGGUGGCCCUGGCGGCCGGCAAUUCGGUGGUCGUGCUCGCCAGUUCGGUAGUGCCGCUUCCGGCACUGCACUUCUGUCAGAUCCUGCAGGCAUCGGACAUACCGCCGGGCGUGGUCAAUGUCCUGUCGGCCAAGGAGCAGCCGACGCUUCUACGCACGCUUGCAGAGCAUCACGACGUCGCCGCCAUCUGGUACUAUGGGGAGCAGGACAGCACGGUCGCAUUCCUCAGAUGUGCCAUCUCGCACAACGACAAACACUGCUGGGUGUUCCCUCUGAGAGACGACCAAGACCGCUACUGGAUGGGCUGGCAGAUUGCCCAGCAUGCGACUGUGCCCAAGAGCAUCUGGCUACCGUUUGGCGAUACCUUCGCCAACUGAUGGCAAGGAUCCUUGGAAACGCAGUUGUCACCCACACUGCCAUGGGAGACCUUGAUUAUGAAAGCUUCACUUUAAUUUACUUAAAGGGGC